UACCUCCCCUAACAACAGACCGGAAGUUGACUGGAGUAACUAACCUUGGCAUUGACAGCGUCCUUGACCUUAGUGAUUUUGACAGCCUUGCUUGGAAGUGAACUUCUACAGAAAUAAUUAGUGUCUUCUCUGUUGACUAAAGACUAAAGACACCAGUGAAAAGAUGUCUGCCAAAUUCCCACAGUACUUGACAAAAGAGCAGGAGGAUGAACUCCGCCAGAUUGCCAAUGCGAUUGUGGCCCCUGGCAAGGGGAUUCUAGCUGCUGAUGAAUCUACAGGUUCUAUGGGAAAGCGUCUUGGUCCAAUUGGAGUAGAGAACACUGAGGAAAACAGAAGACGUUACCGUGAAGUUUUGUUCACAAGCGAUGCUGUAGUGGCAGAAAAUAUCAGUGGUGUUAUCAUGUUCCAUGAAACUUUCUACCAGAAAACAAAAGAGGGUAAGCUGUUUGUGAAACUCCUUCAAGAAAGGGGAAUCAUUCCAGGUAUUAAGGUUGACAAAGGAGUUGUCCCCCUUGCUGGAACUGAUGACGAAUGCACAACACAAGGUUUGGAUGGUCUGUCUGAGAGAUGUGCCCAGUACAAGAAGGAUGGAGCUCAGUUUGCCAAGUGGAGAUGUGUGCUGAAGAUUGGAGCCUACAACCCAACAUACCAGGCCAUGUUGGAAAAUGCAAACGUUCUUGCCAGAUACGCUAUGAUUUGUCAACAGAAUGGCUUAGUACCAAUUGUUGAACCAGAAGUAUUAUGUGAUGGAACACAUGACCUGUAUACAGCACAGAAAGUUACUGAACAGGUUCUUGCAUUUCAAUACAAAGCCCUGGCAGAUCAUCAUAUAUUCUUGGAGGGCACCCUUCUCAAACCUAACAUGGUGACCCCUGGUCAGAGCUGUCCAAAUAAGGUCUCAGCAGAAGAGAUUGCCAAGGCAACAUGUACAGCACUAAGCAGAGCUGUGCCCCCAGCAGUACCAGGAAUCACAUUCUUGUCUGGAGGCCAGUCAGAGGAGGAUGCUUCGAUAAACCUGAAUGCUAUAAAUGCAUACUCUGGACGUAAACCAUGGGCAUUAACUUUCUCAUACGGAAGAGCUCUCCAGGCUAGUGUGUUGAAAGCUUGGCAAGGGAAAGAUGAAAAUGUGAAAGCAGCACAACAAGAAUUGGUGAAGAGAGCAAAGGCAAACGGACAGGCUGCAUUGGGACAGUACAAAGGAGAUAUUGCAAGCGCGGCUGCUGGUCAAUCGUUAUUUGUUGAGAAACAUGCUUACUAGAUACUGAAAUUUUUUUAGAUAAUUUUAUGAUUUUAAUUGACACUUAGAAAAUUCCUGGACAAAUGGUGGACAAUUUCUCGAUUUUUGAUCGUUGUUUUUAUGUGCUUGUAACUAUGGACUGCUUUUGAUUUUGUAUAUGUAGUGUUUUGUAAAUCACAGAUAUUUAAUUUGUUGAAAGAUGAUAGAUCUACACACUACAUUUCUACAUUUUCCUAAAUAAAUUCUUUUGUAUUCCUUCUUUGUAUUAUACAUUUUAGAAUGAUACUUUAAACAUUGCCAUAAUGCUGAUUUUGAGAUUUUGUUUUUGUUUUAAUGAGCUGUCAUAUGGUGCAAAUUAGUUAUGCUUUUACAUAAUGGUGUUGUAAAGUUAUGACAUACAAUCUCCAAGUUUAGUUUUUAUGAAACUCUGCUUAAAACUUGUUCUAUUGAAAAUUAAUUAAUUAAUAUCAUUAAUAAUAUCAUUAUUAAGCUGCUAGAUAUGUCUUAAACCUUCAGUUUUACGGAAGGUCGGUGGUUCUACCCAGGUGCUCGCUCGUGAUGAAAUAAUGCACGGAGGGGCACAAGGGGUCUUCCUCCACCGUUAAAAGCUGGAAAGUCGCCAUAUGACCUAUCAUGUGUCGGUGCGACGUUAAAUCCAAAAAAAAAUAAAAAUAAAAAAAUAAACCUUCAGUUAAUCAAAAGAAAUACGGACUUUCUUUUUUUUUCCAUUUUAUAAGUACUUUGCAUUAUUUGUACAUAGAAAUAUCUAAUUUCGAUAUAAUGUAUAUAUGCAAGUCAGUGACCACUACUGUCAUAUCAGCAAGCGUUCAGUAGAGUCACUACUUCACGCAUCCUAGCAAAUCGAGAGUUUAAAGAAAAAGUGUCGUAAAAAAUGUUUUUCAAGUUCGGUAGUUUUCCAUUCGGCCCUGAAAAUACUUUUGGUGGUUAUAGAAUCUGAUGCUUAAUAGUCUUCAUCAUAUUAUCUACGAACAUAUGCUUCCCCUUGCUUUAGUUUUCAUUGCAAAUAUCUGCACAGGAGUUUUGAUGAAGGAAUUUUGAUAGAUAUUUCAAAAAUAAAGCUGAAUUAUGUGCAGUUUUGUUAAAUUGUUGAAAUGUCCAACAGUCAUGUUAGAGCUUUUUAUGAAUAUGCAUGUUAGACCAUCAUCGAGGGACUUUUACUGAAUACAUGUAUUUUAAAGUUGAAAAGUGGUAGGAAGUCUUCUGAAAGAAGUUUAUAUCAAAGAAGUUCUUUAUUUGAUGAAAGUGUUCAUGAUAUUAUGUGCUUAAUUACUGUAGAAAGGGUAAGUUUUGUGUCACUUUUAUUUUGCAUAGUCUUCAGCUUUUUGAUAUUGGCAUUGUUAAGAAAUUGUGAUUUUGCAAAUGUCUGUUUUUUAUGGACAUGAUGUGGUUGAUAUUUUUGCCUAUAAGUUUGCAAGUUAAAUUGUUUAUGGGAACAUUGGCAAAAAAUUAAAUCUCACAAAAAGUAUCUGAUCAUCAGUAGAAUGUGUUUGUUAUGGUAUACAUAUAGCUAUGUUAGAAAAGAAUCUCCUUUUACAACCUCCA